AUGCCGCAGGGGCCCGAACCAGAGGCCGUCUCGGUACAGGAGAGGCGAGAGCGAGGUGGGGAGGACGGACAGCCAGUUUUCCUGUUUCCAGAGCGUUCUUCGCUGGACCUUAAUUUUGGUGUGGGAGAGCCUAGGGGAACUUUGCAGUUUGCACGCGUCGGGGAACUCAGUGGGUGCCAGGGAACGGGUGACAUCUCGUGUGCAUCGACGGUCUUGGAUGUGCAAGGCUCCUUGGCGAAUAGUGUUGGUAGCGAGCCUGAAAAUUCGAUCUUUUUCUUGAAAGAUCCGUCUGCUCUGUCUUCUCGGGUGUCGAACACUCCCUUUUUCCCCGGCACGUCGGCUUCCGUUUCAUCUUCUGAAGCAGCCUUAGCUGCGACUGAUCUGCAUUCUAAAACGGGCGGGCGCGCUGGGUGUGGACCGUUCGGCACUGGCGUGUCGUCGCUCGCAGCAACUUCGUCCAACCAGGGGAUUUUUCAACGGCCGAUUAAUCCCGCCGCUUUUUCCAUUCAUUCCUCGCCUCCGUGCGCGGCAUCUGCCCGACGCCUCGGCUCCGACGGGCGAGAACGCCUGCUUGCGCUUCUCAGGGACCGGUGCGGGGCUGACGCGCCUACCAGUGACGCGCGCUUUUCUGCGUGCGCGGACCGCUCUACGGUUUCGCAUCUCCCGAACACCGCCACUCAGUUGUGGAUGAUCGCCAGGCUCUCGGACUGCGAAGGGGCGCCGCAGCUGCAUCCGAGUGGAUCUGGGAGUGGAGAGAGUGUGAACAACAGAGGGAGUGACCGCCCAGCUGAAGACGGCAGCGUAGGACGUCGAAACAUGGAUUCCAUGAAAAAGGCCGAAGUGACGUCGGAGCGAGAGGCGAGUGCAGGUGGUCCUUUGGAAACGCGAAGCGACCAAGACGCCGCCCCAACCGCGGCGCAAACUCCGCAGCUGGACACCGUUCUAAAUCGAGAGUGCCGCCCCUACCCUGCUAACCAGCCGCACAUGGCAAUGGGUCACAGCGCCUCCGGUUCGGUUGUCUCGCGAACUCCAGGGAGCGUUGAACGGCCUGCCGAGGACGGGCCGAGUCCGUGGUGGCCGGACACCUGCCAGGGCACUGCGUCUGCGUCCAGCCCCCACACAUCCCCGCAUGCGCCGCUCUCUCACCCGGCACCUGAAGGUUCUCUCGGCUGCGCGCCGCAAAUGCCUUUACCGGAACCGCGUGCGCCUGAGAUUCUCGGCGACGUCGCGUACGGGUCUCCGCCGGCGCCUCUGGUCACGUCUCCACGUCUGCCGCCGUCGGGCCGCUUCAGCUACUCUCCGGGCCAGCCUGGGGCCCAGGUUCCCCUCGACGCGCAGUGGUGGGUAGAGGGAGGCGAGCGAAGCCCCCACGGUGCCCAUCCAAGCCUCGGUUUCGUGUGCCGGGGCGCUGCGGCGGAGGGCGUCGGCAACGAGUCCCCGGGGUUCCGAGCGCAUCGAACCCCGGAAGUCGGAGCGGUCGACUCGAAAGGCCAAGUGGAAAUGAACAGUGGAUCGCCAGCCUCUGUCAUGCUCUCGCCUGCAGCUGGACCCGCCGGAGCCGGCUCUGGAGACUCCGCGCUGCCCGCGUUCGGAGGCUCUGCGACUUUGCCUACGAACUACGGCGGCGCCAUGCACCACCAGAGCUCGCUCCCAGGCAUGCUGAUCCAUACACCGCCACCCAGCCACGUGGGAUAUUCGAGUCCUGCCGCGUCGCGCGUGCCCGGUGACCCACACCAGCCGGUGCUUCAGCUUCCGGAGGCCAUGGUCGGGGGACCAGGUGGGAGCCUUCCAGGACACAGUGGAGGUUUGUCGCCCGUGGCGUGUCCUGCCCCAGGGGCGUUUCUUCAGAGCCCGCCGAUGGGUCCACAACACGUGGCCGGCGGCAUGAUGCCUGCGGGAAUGCCUUCGCCGUACUGCAUGUCUGCGGGCGGUCGGCCUUCCUCGCCGCUCCCCAGCAUGGUGGUGAUGGGUUCCGUAGUGGGCCAGCAAGGGAUUCAAACAGGCCUCGGCGGCAGGGUGGGGAAGCCGUCGAGUCUGGGCCCUCCAGGUAUGGGUGUGACCCCGUCCAGUGUCGAGGACGGCGCCGGAAGCGCGGCCGCAAAAAGCUCCCUUCGUCGCAAUCGGAAGAAACCGUCGCCUAGACCCGUGGACGGAGCGUUCGCGAGCCCCACGUCGGCGCCAGGAGGCAGCGUGGCCGGCGGGAACCUUCCUUUGCCGGCUCGGCCUCCCGCGCCUCAGUCGAAACGAAGUCGCAAGCGCGCGAGCGCUGCAAACACGGAGGGAGGGAACGACCCGGCGCCGCCUCGUCAGCCGCGUCCGUGGCAACAUACAGCCCGGUGCAAGAAGAGUGGGCGGUUUUGCACGCGAGAGGAGGCCGCGCAGGCGGCGGCAGAGGCAGCGGCGGCUGCAGAGGGGGCUGACGCGGGAGAGAAGAGCGCGGAGGCGGCGGCGAAGGAGUCCGAGAACGCGCAGUCUGCACAACCGAGCGAUGCCACAGGCACGGGGAAGUGGAGCGGCGCUUCAGGAAACAGCCCGCCGACUUCUGGGACCGGAGUGGAAGGGACGAAGGAAAACGUCAACCGCGUCACGGGAGACGAAGCUGGAGGUCUGGGAAGAGCGACGGCGGAUGCAUCCCAGUCCCCGAAGGAGCCUGGAAUGUCGCCCCAGGCCGGCGGUGGCCGUCGCGUUACGGGAGGCAAGUCGCGGGCUCCCAGUGGAGGCGGAGCCGGUGCCGGAAACGAGGGCUCGGAUUCACGAGAAGGGACAAAGACGCCGGGGAACGAGGCCUCGGCGGACGCCCUCACGGGGCUUGGGUCUGGCGCGAAGGAGGAACCCGAGACCGCCAAGACAAGCACGCCUCGGAAACGCCGCCGCGUCAAGAAGGAUGCGGAGGCUAAAAAGGAGGCCAAGGGCGUCUCCGCGGAGGGGGCUGCGGGAAGUGCGGCAGAGGCCCCGCGGUCACCAGUGCAGGCAGCAGAGACCGCGCAGCCGUUCUCAGGGUGUGCUAUGAAGCCAGGAGACUCGGAGCAGUUCGGAGUCGCCCCUGUGCUGUCUAGCGAGGGCGUUUAUGCACCGCAAGGAAUGCCGUGGGGCAUGCAGCAAGCACCGUACCCGGUGGCCCCCGCGCGAGGCGCUCCGGGCGCGUGCCUUCCUUAUGCCUCGCCGAGCCACGGGACGAGCUCUUCGGUACGCUACGGCAUUUCCGUCGCGGGGCGCCCACCGUACUCCCACCCGUACAUGUCGAGUGUGUAUCCUGGGCCACGGGAAAGGCCUGCAGAUCUGCAAGUUGAACUCGAGCCUGCGACCCUGUCUCCGGCGACUGGGGCCGCACCUUGUCAGGCGCCGCUGAGCCCAGGCUACGGAAGCAUGCCGUACGGCCUGGACCAUACAGGACAGCCGCUGGCUGCGGGCCAGAUGAGGCCGACAGCGCCUGCGAACGGAUCAGGCGCCGCGCCGCCAGGCUCGCCCACUGCGUGGCCGGCGCAGCAGACUUACGGGGGUUCGCCUGCGUGCGCAGGGCUGCCGCAGUCGAGGCAAAUGGGAGAGUGCGGAGUGGGGGAAAAUGGAGGCGCGUACGUGGGUCAGGCUGUGUCGCCGCACUCGCAGGGAAUGCCGAUGGCUGGAGGCUUUGAGCUGCCGUAUCCACAGAUGGGAGCCUCGUGGGGAUCCGCAGGAGACGUUCCGAGCCAGAUGUACCCGCCGGCAAACAGCAGACCCGAAGAAGAGGCCAGCGCGAGACAGGGUCAGCAUAUGGGCCACUCCGAGUUCUCGCCUGUGAAACCGGAGAUAUGCUCGCCGGUGUAUCCGCCGCCGGCGCAGAUGCAGGACUGGCGCGCGUUCCAAGGAGACGUGUUGGGGAGUCAGCCCAGCCACCACGGCGCGACUGCUUUGGUCCCUUCCGCGCCGGAUCUCUCCGCAGCUUCUCCGGGUGGAGACGGCCGAGAGUGUCUCCUGAUGCCAGGCAGCAGGGUAGCCCCGGGGGGGGCGCCUUCCGCGAGUCACCUGCAAAGUCGGCAUCUGGGCGAAGAGCACGCGGAGAACGCUGGCCACGCACCAGGGACGACACGGUGGCUACUCCCGGCCGGAGGUUGCGAGGAACCCGGCGACAGUGCGCGGGGCGCGGAGUCCACAUCGUCCACGGCGGAGGCGGGAUCGGCCGCGAGAGCCGUCAUCAUGGGUCUCGGCACCGACGACGGGGAAGACCCAGCGACGGAACACCAGGACGAAGACGCAGGCUUGUUCCAGAGGGGUGUUUCCUUGUCCCCGCUCCUCUGCGGCUACCAUCCACUCCUGUAG